AAAUGGAUCUUAAGCAAAACCCAAACCAUUCUUCCAUUCCUCUCUUCCAUAAAACACAAUAUGGCUAUGGCUAUGGCUAUCUUCCUCUCCACUCUUUCUAUAACCAUUCUUCUCCUCACACACACCUCCCACGCCUCCACUCUUUGCCCCGCUCUCCGACUCCCCGGCGCCGGCGCCGGAAAUUAUGACAUCCUCUGUAAAGACAACGUUACGAUGAUCCACUUCCCCGGCUACGGACACUUGGCCGUCAAAUCCAUCGACUACGCAGCCGCAACGCUCGACCUCAUCGACCCGCGCGGCUGCGUCCACGAAGUCUUCUUAAACCUCGACUUGUCCGCCACGCCUUUCCGAUAUUAUUACAUACUAAAAGACCACGUCUACGUUAAAUGCUCGGUCAUUCUCGACCCUCCUCUUCUCGAAGUUCCAUGCAUGAGCCGGUUCGAACAUCAUGUCUAUAUUCUCGAAUCCUCGCCCCACAACUUGCCGGCUUCUUGCAGCGUCGUAAGAUCCGUCGCUAUACCGUUUCCUUACAGCCCUUAUUUGUCGUCCCACGGCAGCUUCGGCCUCCGCCUGACGUGGCGGCGGCCGCCACGGUGGUGGAUUGUCGGAGAGGCUGAAGCUGCAGCCUUGAUCUUGAUCUUGAUCUUGAUGUUCUAUGUCGGAAUUUAUGAAAUUUUUUACAAGAAAACUAGAAGACAACAUGUGAAGAAUUUUGAUGCUGGAAAUUUGCUUGAAGAAUGAUCGAAGAUAGAAAAACUUUUUGUAAUAUUGUUAAUUUAUUACGAUGAAUUUUAUGUGUGUAAUAGUGUUAUCUGCACAGGGCAGAUCUGUAUAUUUAAAAUAAUUUUGUACAGUAAUAUAUUAUUCACUGAUAUUUGUCUCUUUCGGAAUAAUUUUGGUGAAA